AUGUUCACCAAUUUCACCCUUCGGCACGUGCCUCCCCUUUUCGUCGCUACGGCCUUGACCUUCGGCGGACUGAUGCCAUUCUUCAAUGCCGAGUACGCAAUCUUGGAAUUCGGCCUGCCAGAGCGCAUCGCCAGCUCCAAAGCAGCCCAAUCGAUCAUGAUCAUCAGCUCCGCGCGCAUUACGGCGAUAGGUCUAUCGAUAUUUACAUUCUGUUUCCAGGAGAAGUUCGCAGCGGUUGACACGAAACUGACCAUUCUUGGAUAUGUCGGCUUGGUCGACGGCUAUGUGUGUUGGCUUGAAGAUGUGCCUAGCACGGCGAUUGUCCGUAUCAUUUCGGGAGCGUUGAUUGCUGCCUGGGGCUGGUUCGGCAUGACGGCGGUGCAGUGA